UCAUAAAGGGAGGAUGUUAUAUUCAUGGGAGACUAGUGGUAGCAGUAGUAAGAUGAUGACAAUGUUGUUUGGUCGCGUGAGAAACAAUUAUAACUAUAAUUAUAAUAAUAUAACUGCUGCUGUUGCUCGAAAGAGGAAGAAGAAGAAAUAUGUGUGUAUGAUGGACCUCCCGAAUGUAAUUGGUGGUGUAGCUGGUGGUGUUCAUGGUGGGGCGGGGGCAGGCGCAGUUUCCUCUGCAAUUACUCAAGUCGCUGUUACUGCGGUCGCAAUUGCAUCAGGAGCUUGUCUUUCUACCAAGCUUGAUUUUUUUUACCCUAAAUUCGUCCACCAACAGCCACCUGCUGCUGCUACGGAUGAUAAUGCUUCUUCAAUACUGGAUGGAGUGGAUGUUACUGGAUACCCUGUAUUUAAUGACCCAAAGGUGCACAAGGCAAUUGCAUUUGCAAGGAAAGCUCAUCAUGGCCAGCUUCGCAAAACAGGAGACCCAUAUCUAACCCACUGUAUCAAUACUGCAAAAAUUUUAGCUGUGCUAGUUCCCGCAUCCGGCAAAAAGGCUAUUGAUACAGUCAUUUCUGGCAUACUACAUGAUGUAGUUGAUGAUACAGGUGAAAGCUUGUACAACAUAGAGACAGAGUUUGGUGAAGAUAUAGCAAAACUGGUAUCUGGUGUGUCCAGGUUGAGUUAUAUUAAUCAGUUGCUACGAAGACACCGUAGGAUAAAUGUGAAUCAGGCCACCCUUGGUUAUGAAGAGGCAAAUAAUAUACGAGUGAUGCUCUUAGGCAUGGUUGAUGAUCCACGUGUGGUGCUCAUCAAGCUUGCAGAUCGUCUACACAACAUGAGAACUAUUUACGCUCUGCCCUCUGAGAAGGCUAAAGCUGUAGCACAGGAGACUUUGGUUAUUUGGUGUUCUCUGGCUUCCAGAUUGGGCUUGUGGGCUUUAAAAGCAGAACUUGAAGACCUCUGUUUUGCAGUUCUUCAGCCUCAGAUCUUUCGGCAGAUGCGAUCUGACCUGGCCUCCAUGUGGACGCCCAACGGCAAGGGAGGCUACUUGAGAAGACUCUCUUCUAAAAGCAUCUCAAACAUGGAAUCAAAUGGAAGGUGUUUAACUCCUGAUUGUGAAGCAUCAAUUUAUGAGGGAGUAGUUAGUAUGCAGGAUCUUUUGCAGGCUGUUCUUCCUUUUGAUCUCCUACUGGAUCGAAGAAAGCGAAUUAAAUAUAUCCAGGAUCUUGUGUCAUGCUCGGAGGUCCAAACAAAGCCAAAAGUUGUGAGAGAUGCUGGAAUUGCGCUAGCAUCUCUGGUUGUUUGUGAGGAAGAACUGGAGUGCGAGUUGUUUAUAUCCACCUCGUAUGUUCCUGGAAUGGAAGUGAUCUUAUCUAGCCGCCUAAAAAGUUUGUACAGCAUCUACAGUAAGAUGAAGCGUAAAGAUGUUGGUAUUGAUAAAGUAUAUGAUGCCCGUGCUCUGAGAGUGAUCGUUGGAGAUAAAAGUGGAACUUUACAUGGACAAGCUGUUCGGUGCUGCUACAGUCUUCUAGAUAUCAUACACAGGCUUUGGACGCCAAUUGAUGGAGAAUUUGAUGAUUACAUUGUCAAUCCAAAACCAAGUGGAUAUCAGUCUCUGCACACUGCAGUGUAUGGUCCAGAAAACUCUCCAAUGGAAUUCCAAAUAAGAACCCAGAGCAUGCAUGAGUAUGCUGAGCAUGGAGUUGCUGCACAUUGGCUUUAUAAAGAAGCCGGAAAUAAGUUGCCUAGCAAGAGCAGUGUAAUUGAUUCUGAGAUAACUUUGUCCUCAUAUCUUUCAAAUGACAUGGAAGAGAAGAGUUUGCUUGAUGAUCAUGUGUUUCAAAAGUACAGCUCCCUAAAAGCAGGACAUCCAGCCCUUAGAAUAGAAGGAAGUCAUUUGCUUGCAGCAGUUGUCAUCAGAGUGGAUGAGGAUGGAAAAAACCUGCUCGUGGCUGUCAGCUUUGUACUCGCCGCUUCUGAAGCAGUUGCAGAUAGAAGAUCUUCUCAAAGAAAGCGGUGGGAAGCUUAUGCAAGAUUGUACAAAAAGGUAUCAGAUGAAUGGUGGUUUGAACCAGGGCACGGGGAUUGGUGUACCUGCUUGGAGAAGUACACCCUCUGUCGAGAUGGUAUUUACCAUAAGCAAGAUCAAUUUCAGCGCUUGUUGCCAACGUUCAUUCAAGUUAUUGAUUUAUCUGGAGCAGAAGAAAAUGAAUACUGGAAUGUUGUGUCUGCUAUAUCAGAGGGGAAACAGCUUGACUCUGUGUCAAUGAACUCAAGUUCUUCCGAGAGUUCAGCUUCAAUUUCUGGAUGGUCUACCCCCAUGGAAGCUGGCAUCAACAACAAGGUGCUGCUGUUGAGGACAAUGCUUCAAUGGGAGGAACAGUUGCGGUCUGAGGCAGGUUUCCAGCAAUCGAAUCUUGUUAAUGCGAAUCAGUUUGGGGAAAUAGCAGUUGUAUGCUGGCCAGAUGGUGAGAUCGUAAGGUUGAGAAGUGGUAGCACAGCUGCAGAUGCUGCUACCAGGGUUGGACUUGAAGGCAAGUUAGUUUCUGUAAAUGGUCAGAUUGUGCUGCCUAGUACACAGCUUAAAGACGGCGAUGUUAUUCAAGUCAGAGUUCGAUAAAUUUGUAUUCUAUAUUGGAAAUACAUGUAUAUAUUUUGUAAAUUGCUGUGUAUCUUAAUCCUAAGAUCUAGUCUGGCCUGCCAUGUUUAAUUUCGUAAUUAGUUGGUCAUUGUUAACCUUAUACGUGUACAUAAUCAUGAAACAAUUUUGCUGCCAUUGAAGCAAAUUUCAUUUCA